AUGGGGGGCAAGGGGAAGAAGGGGAUUAAAGUCAGAGAUAUGUGGUACACACCUGACUACCCUGUGACGCUCGUAGCCACAGAGCCACUCAGGAAGAAGGGUCUCUUCUUCACUUCCAAACACCCAGGGAUGGAAAACUCUCAGGGAGAAUUACUAUUCAAGACCCCUCAUCAGUAUGGGCAAUACCUUCUUGAGUAUCAUGCUCCACAGGCAACAGAGACUCCACCGCUAUCUAAGCAAGUUACCUUUCAGCCUACAGGUUGGGAUAAAGAAGAAACGUCCUUUUCAGGAUUCAAGAAGUCCUCAGACCCUGUCGUAUCUAAGGCUGAGGCCUGGCUAUGGCAUGAAAGACUAGGCCACCCAGGUGCCAGAGGACUAGAAGAACUUGUCAAGAACUCAUUAGGGAUCUAUCUCACAGGUAUCAUUAAAGAUGAGUAUGCAGCCUGUUCAACAGCAAAGGCAAUGAGGAGAGUUUCCAGAAGACCUCCAGAUCAUAGGCCAACUGCCCUAGGCGACUACAUUAUUGUCGACUUCUUCGCUAUGAGCAAUAUAUAUAAUGGCGAGAAGCAAUACUAUAUCACAGUUCGGGUUAUGAGACUUGACUGGGAGACAGCACUCCAGAAUGCCUUCGACUUAUGGGCAGCUAUGGAAGGAAUCCUAGUUGAAAGAUCAGCAGAUUACACUGGUGCCCAGAACCCAGCAGAGAGGCUUGGAGGAAUGUUGUUUAUGAUCGCAAGAGCCUUGAGAUUUCAGUCAAGAUUCCCAGAGUCUAUAGCCCCAGAACUCAUCAGAGCUGCGGUAUAUCUCUGCAACAGGAUAGGACAUAAGAUCCUUGGCUGGAAGACCCCUGAAGGGAUGAUCAACGAAUGGCAUAACCAACAGCCAGGCUCAACGCAUCAAAGGUCAGAGAAGCCUCAACUUGGACAUCUCAAGAGAUACGGCUGCAGAGCCUAUCCCCUCACCAAGGAAUACAAGAGAGGUGAGCAGAAGUCAAAUAAGACUCUGCCAAGGGCUUAUAUUGGCUAUCUGUGUGGGUAUGACAGCACUUCUAUCUACAGGAUCUGGGUACCAGCCCUGAACAAGGUCCUCCGAACAAGAGAUGUCACAUUUGACGAGAAGAUCGUGUACAACCCUAGUACGGAGGAUACCAGUCUUCUUCAUCGUCAAGAACUUCAGUUCCAGUGCGAGGAACUAGAGGUCGCCUUUCCAGAUUCUCAGGCAGAAGACUUACCUAUAGACUCUGUCUUAUGGGAUGGAGAUGAACUCCUCUAUGAAGCAUCUAAGCAUACCUAUCUUUUACAGAAGGACAGCAGUACAGAUGGACCCAGCAACAUGCCAACUCCACAACAGUCUCUAGGACCAGAAGAGACUGAUCCUGGUCCAUCUGAGGGGGUGCAAGAACAACAAGAACAACAAGAACAACAAGAACAACAAGAACAACAAGAACAACAAGAACAACAAGAACAACAAGAACAACAAGAACAACAAGAACAACGCCAAUCAUCACCAGAGUCUGCUCAAGCUUUCACUCCACCAACCCCAGAGUCAGCAGAACAGGCAACUAUCACUAUUAAACCUGAGAUCAUUAUAUAUCUGUUGCCUUCUCCACAGCCUACCGCUAUCACGCCAGAUCCAACUCAAGGAUCAACAGCAAGACAAGGUCGCCCUAUAGGUAGCAGAAACAACAAUAUCUACAACAGGGAAACACCAAUUGGUCAGGUGAACCGCCAUCCUCCUAACGCCACCAGAUCUUCAGGAAGGCGCCGAAACCAAAGAGGAUCAUCUGGUAUAUCCAACUUCACCCUGUCAACCGACACAAGCAAAGAUAAGGACACUAUGGACGCCUCUGCCCAUGAUCUUGGCAUUAUAUACAGGAAGGAUCUUCCUCCUGAGCCAACCAUAUAUGCUGAAGCCAAAUAA